GACGAUAAGUUUCGUUUCCCUCGACAUCAGCCACUCGGAGACAAUAAAUAGAGAAGCUGCGCGCAGACAAACAGUCAGAGGAAAAGACGAUCGUGCCAUCGCCGCUUUGCUUUAACCAGAAGCCCUGCAGACACCCGAUCGUCGGACACAAUGAGCAGAGCCACAGACUGGGUUCCUGCCUUGUGGCUGGACACCUUCAGCGAGUUGCUGAAUGAGGACAAUGAGCUGGACUAUGGAGACCAGUGGACUCUCAACUUUAACUACCGUCAGACAAACACAGUCACCAACGAGGAGAGGAAGAGGGGCUGGAAGGUCUUCUGCCACUAUACCCAUGCAAAUUUCCGGUGUGGAUCCUGCUCCAAGACCUGGCCCUCAGCGCGGGUGUUGGUGUUGUUCCGUUACCGGCUGCAGAAAAACCGGGGGACAGCGGUCAUGCGGCCCUUUGGUCAGACCUGCCGCAGUUGUGAAAGCGAUGAGUUUGAACUCCCUGGUUUUUCCCUGGAAGAGGUUAAACAUGCUUUGCUCAGGCUGUUUUCCAAAAUCAAGAAGAAUUGUUAUGGGGAAGCGGACGAAUAUGAGGGUGUUGGAUCAUCUGACAUAAAGAAGACCAAACCCCAUGAGAAAACCCUAUGUGAGGCCUGUAAAAUGGGCAUUUGCGCUCAGGAUGAAGAAAGUUGCUCUCAGGAUGAUGACUAGAAUCUGACAGAUUUUCUGCUUAUUGUUUGAGAUGCUCAUGUUCUCUAUUACUUUCUUUGGGUGGUAACGCGGUUUCCGAUAGCCGUGGGCUGACACUCAAGUCUCGUUUUAACGGCAACAUUUCGGAAAACGUUAACCCAACAGUCGCUUUCUAGUUGGUUUAGUCAUUCACAGCGACACUGACAGUGUGUUGAACCAAAUAGCUUAAACUGUUCUUUAUUUUAUUUUGAAGCUUUGAAGGUAGAUAUUGUAUGUGGCUAUUAAUAAGAGUUGUUAAAAAGUUUAUUUUUUCAUGGUUUUGUGUAUGAGCAUGGUGACCAAGAGAUAAAAACAAUUUUACCCUA